UACAUAAAUACAUUCAUAUGUAGUAAUUUGUUGAACGAAAAUUCAAAAUUUGAAAAUAGUUAGAGGCUUGUGAAACGAUACGCAGAGGAAACCCAACAGACUACGGACACAACUGGCCCGUACCAAACGCCAUUCACAGUUGAGCUAUUAGCACUUCCACCGACUUUUCGCAUUGAUUGUCUCUCAAUCAAAAUCAAUCUAGAAUGACAGUUUUGGUCUCAUAAAUAGCAUAAACUGGCCCCUCCUUCUAAGUAUCCAUAAAGCUCACCUUUCCGAAAUUGAUCAUAUUUGGUGAGCUCACUUCGUCAGAACUCCUUAAGAUAGAUCAGCUGAACAGAGGCGAAGUAAAAAUGCAAUAGAACAAAAACAUUUCAAACAGGAAAAUAUCUCUGUAAAAACCUCAAUUUUCUAUGGAGCAUUCCUUUAAAAUUCCGAAAUAUAACCGACUGGUCUAAACUGAUCAAAGUGUUCUGCAAAGCUAAAGUGAGAUUCGAUUAAUUCACAAGAUAGUGACUAGCUCUUUAGAUGCUCCCAAACACUCAAACAGUCUUCAAAAUUUGUUUCGGUACAGCGUCCAUGGGCAUGACGUUUAUUUCUCGAAUGCUUGCAUCGUUAGAAACUGUAUCUAGAUUUCUUAGAUGCGGUCUAGAUUAAUGUAUUUUCUGUAAUUAUUUUUAUAAUCUGAACAGCGUAUAAUAAGUUUACCAUGAAAUUUGUAAAACUCAGACGUAAACGUCGUCGUCAAUAAGACAAGCAGAGUCGAUCUGCAGGUUUGUCUGUUUGUAGGUACCAGCUUAUCUAUCUGCAAUUUUGAAUACGUCCUUUUCUCUCUACAUCUGCCAUAUAAGGCAUGUUGAAAGCAUGUCCUUUUAUGGAAAAAUUGACCAUAUUCACAAACUGGAAGAAGAAGUACAGACUUGACCUUAAAAAAUAUUGCAGUUAAUGGCGUUAAAAUUCCGACUGUCAAUAACUCUAAGAUUUUAGGUGCGACACUCUACAGCCUGUGUUCCUUCACUCCUCACACGACCGCGAUUAUUGCCAAAGUAUAGAGCCGUAUUAAAUUCCUCAAGUCGCUAGCCGGCAGCACAUGGGGAAAAGACAACGUUGUUGGCAAUAUACAAGGCAAUCAGCCGUUUCGGUCCUUAACUACACCGCACCAAUAUAGUCGCCUGGAUCCAGUGAAACGCAAACGGGAUGCCUUUUGAUGUUUCCUAUCGAACAUGUGCACAGCGAGGCCCAUAUGCUCCCAGUUAAGGAGUAUAAUGAAUUCUUCUUCAAGCAGUUUCUGCUGGGGUGUUUUCGUAGAAAUCAUCUUCUUGAAGCGGAACCGCCUCCUAGGAGCAUCAAGAGGUCCUUCCUCAACUAUGUCGACGACAUGAGACAAUAUGCUGAGCAGUCUUCGGAUGCAACCAACAAACUGUCUCCCAUUGCAGAUGACGAGAUCAAGUUGCGGCGAGAAUUGAGAGUGACCCUUGCCCUUUUAUUGCAUAGAAAUUAAGCAUUUGUUUUUGUUCUUUCUUCUUUUUAUUUUUGUUUUUUUUUUCUCAUGAUGCAGUUUGUUCAUAUACUUAAAUGAUUCGAAGAAAUCAUGUCUCAAUUUGUCGAAUAUACUGAGCCAGUGUGGCGUGGCAUGAAUAUGCGAGACUUGAAAGUUGAUGAAGCAUACUUAGUGGUCAAAUCUCACUACAACAAACCGGCUUAUCUUUACAGUCGGUCUGAAGAAUGUUACACAUGCCCAUUUAGCUUUGUGAAAUCAAUGCACAACUUUACAUUCAAAUUAAAUGUGGCGCGUGGCUGGGAAUUUAAAGUGUAUGACAAAGAAAUGGAUGCGCUGACCGCUAAUGAAGUGCAAUGCAAUGACACGAACUGUAACAGUGUGUGCGAUUUGUAUGCGUCCGCAACAGAGUUGCAAGAAUUUGGGGUUUAUAAUUUUACGUUGCAUGAAAAUGGUAGCUGUGAGCUGAUAACAGAUAAAGCGGGCGUCAAUGUCAAUUUAUCGCUCGCUUCGGUGUUUAUCCUAGUCACUUUGGUUUUGGCUGCGAUACGAAUGGCUUGCUGCGCUUGGCGUUCGUAUACAUUCAGCCCCGAGGCGGCCGCUGCAACUGAAAUCAAUGCUGCGGUUGCGCCUGCGCAGACGAGCAAACGAAUGCGCAGUUUGGAUGCUUUUAGGGGCAUGGCAAUUGUUUUGAUGAUAUUUGUAAAUAGUGGCGGCGGUGACUACUGGUGGAUCGAACAUGCACCUUGGAAUGGUCUACAUUUGGCAGAUGUUGUCUUUCCUUCAUUCUUAUGGAUUAUGGGCGUUUGCAUACCGAUUUCGAUUAAGUCGCAAGUGGCGCGUGGGACGUCGAAGGCGCGAAUAUGUCGACGUAUCGUUUGGCGUUCACUUAAACUAUUUGCUAUCGGCGUAUGUCUAAAUUCCAUUAAUGGUCCACAAAUGUCCAAUUUACGUAUAAUGGGUGUACUACAACGGUUUGCUGUUGCAUAUCUAGUCUGUGGAUUGGUUCACACCGUCUUUAUUGAGAGGGAGUUUGUGAUGCCUCAGAUUGCUUGGAAGCGCGCUUUAUGCGAUAUUAUUUUAUUGAAAACAGAAUUUUUGGUAAUGCUCUCACUCAUUGCCAUUUACUUGGGUUUAAUCUUCGGACUUCCGGUGCCAAAUUGUCCGACCGGUUAUCUCGGUCCUGGCGGCAAGCACGCGAACGCACAAUAUCCCAACUGUACAGGCGGCGCUAACGGUUAUGUAGAUCGUUUGAUUUUAGGCGAUGCGCACAUCUAUCAGCAUCCCACCGCGAAAUUUAUAUACGGCGCACAGGCUUUCGAUCCCGAAGGUGUCUUUGGCUGCCUUUUGACUGUGGUGCAGGCAUUUUUAGGCGUCCUCGCUGGUGUUAUUAUAUUGGUGCAUACCGGUUGGAGCGCACGCAUUAAACGCUGGCUGUAUUGGUCGCUUGCUCUGGCUCUGCUGGGUGGCGCCCUUUGCUUUUUCACUGUGGAAGCUGGUCCCAUACCAAUUAAUAAAAAUCUUUGGUCUCUUUCUUUUGUUUGUGUCACCUCUGCUUUGGCUUUCUUCAUGCUCAGCAUACUCUACUUUGUUAUUGACGUGCGUCGCUGGUGGACGGGCUAUCCGUUUGUGGAGUCUGGCAUGAAUGCAAUUAUUAUGUAUGUGGGUCAUACCGUUAUGCAUAAAAUGUUGCCGUGGCACUGGCGCAUUGGACCGAUGAAUACCCAUUUCGUGCUUUUGCUUGAAGCCACUUGGAAUACCUUACUUUGGGUGGCGAUUGCACUCUAUUUAGAUUCUAUUAAGUUUUAUUAUAGUUUAUAAGGUGUAAAGCUAAAGGAAUUAUCCAGUAUCAACUGUUAAAUAUAAUGGAUUUUAUAGAAUUGUAAAUAUGUAUGUAAAUUUUUAUUUUAUAUAUACAUAUACUACUUCAUAAACUCAAGCUUAAAUUCGAAUCAUGUAAAUAAAUAUAUAUGUA